ACACCAAACUAACAACUUCAUCUGAGUGAGUUCAUCUUCAGGAGAGAAAAGUGGAAAACUGCAACACUGCUGCUUCAACCUGCUGACACUCCACACACUGAAUCUACACUCAGAGACAAAAUGGCUUCCAGAUCAGAGGAGGAUCUCUGCUGUCCGGUCUGUCAUGAAGUCUUUAGAGAUCCUGCUGUUCUGUCAUGUAGCCACAGCUUCUGUAAAGACUGUCUGAGGAGAUGGUGGAGAGAGAAACCAACACAGGAGUGUCCCGUUUGUAAGAGAAGAUCUUCAAAGGAACGACCUCCUGGUAACCUGGUGUUAAAGAACCUGUGUGAGUCCUUCUUACUGGAGAGAGAUCAGAGAGCUUCAGAGGCUUUCUGCAGUCUGCACUCUGAGAAACUCAAACUCUUCUGUCUGGACCAUCUGCAGCCAGUGUGUCUCGUCUGCAGCGUUUCAGAGAAACACACCAAACACAGAUUCAAACCCAUCAAUGAAGCUGCUAAAAAACACAAGAAGAAACUUCAGAAAACUCUGGAGCCGUUAAAGGAGAAGUUAAAGGUUUUUAAAGAAGUUAAAGUGAAGUUUCAUCAAACAGCAGAACACAUGAAGGUCCAGGCCCGAAGCACAAAGAGGCAGAUUAAGGAUCAGUUUAAGAAGCUCCACCAGUUUCUAGAGGAGGAAGAGGAGGCCAGGUUGGCUGCACUGAGGGAGGAAGAGGAGCAGAAGAGUCAGAUGAUGAAGGAGAAGAUGGAGGCUCUGAGCAGAGAGAUAGCAGCUCUUUCAGACACAGUCAGAGCCACAGAGGACGAGCUGAGAGCUGAAGACGUCUCAUUCCUCAACAACUACAAGGCUACAGUGAAAAGAGUCCAGCAGCGCCCCCUGCUGGAGGAUCCACAGCUGCUUUCAGGAGCUCUGAUAGACGAGGCCAAACACCUGGGCAACCUGACCUUCAACAUCUGGAACAAGAUGAAGGACAUGGUCUCCUACACUCCUCUGGUUCUGGACCCAAACACUGCUGAUCCAAGACUCAUCCUGUCUGAAGAUCUGACCAGUGUGAGACGAGGAGAAAAACAGCAGCUUCCUGAUAAUCCAGAGAGGUUUGAUCUUCACUGCUCUGUUCUGGGCUCUGAGGGCUUUAACUCAGGGACUCACAGCUGGGAUGUUGAGGUAGGAGACAGUACAGACUGGUCUCUGGGUGUGUUAGCAGAGCCUGUCCAGAGGAAGGGACGCAUACAGUCUGGAUUAUGGAGAAUAUGGUUCUAUGAAGGUAAAUACUUAGCAUGGUCACCUCCAGCUCUAGUAACUGAUCUCCUGGUUCAGAAGAAGUUCCAGAGGAUCAGAGUGAAUCUGGACUGCAACAGAGGAAAGCUGUCGUUCUCUGAUCUUGAUACUAAGACACACAUACACACCUUCACACACACUUUCAGUGAGAGGAUGUUUCCAUUCAUUGGCACCGUUGAUAAACUGAAGAUAUUACCACUGAAGGUCUGUGUGAAAAUGGGAAAGCGCAAUUAAGAGAUGAGGAGAAUAAUUAUAUUUAUUGCAUUGUUUACUCAUCAAAGGUAAAAGUCACUGAAUCUCACCUUUAUAAUAAAAAAGGGCGCUAUCAAUGUAUAUGUCAUAAUGAAGAUAGAGUGCAUGCCCAAGUGCAUGCUAGUUACAAGUCAUAUGAAGCACACACACACUUUUAACUGUGUGUAUAUUUUAAGUGUGCAAAACAUCCAUGAACUUGACUUGUGCUCCUGCUUUCUCAUUCUGCAAAACAUAAUAUUAUGUUUAUGUUUGGCACUUCAUUUGUUUAUAAAAAAAAGUGGUCGAUUUUUAAAAAUAAUUCUUGUCUUUUUUUUAUUAAUGUUGCUUCUUUGAUGAUUAGUUUUUUGUACAGCUUUCUAUUGUCAUGCUUUUAAAGUGUAAAAUUACUUUACUGAUCUUUAUCUUUGUCCUUUUAGUCUUUUUUCAUUUUUCAACGAUGGUGUCUUUUCAAUUGUUGUUCGUUUUUUUUAUUUUGACUUGUGUGCGUGGAGCCAUGAAGUUCAGAAACCACAUCAUGGAAGGUGAUUGGUUCCAAGUAAAGAAUCAAAUAAAGAAUCAUCUAUUCGGUGUUAUGAAAGAAAAAGCAAUUCUGUCUGUAAACGUGUUUUUGUUCAGUAACAAACAGUUGAAACCUGCUGUUAGUUAUUCAGUGAGAGGAGGAGUCGUUCUAUUUAAGGUGGACAUCUAACUUUUCAGGUCAAUGUCUCAGUUUGGGUUUGGACUUCAUGUAAUGCUGGAGAUUUAAGAUUUAAGAUGAAUAAAUAA